GAGAGGAAGAGAGUGAGAAAGAUAGAAAGAAAGAUAGAAGAAAGAAAGAAAGCAAGAAAGAAAGAAAAAAAGAAAGAAAGAAAGGAGCAGUUAGGAGAAGGCGCGCGCGUGCGUGCGUACGUGCGCGCGGCGUUAAGAGACAAGAGAAGCGAUAGGCGACGGACGCGAUACGUCGCGGCUGCCGGCGGAACGUUGCAAAGGGACGUUCGCGCGAAUAGAAAAAAUGAGCUGUCAACGUAAUGCUGGCAAGAUCACGGUGCCGGACGACCUUAGAGACGUUCUCCUGGAAUUUACGAUCAGUUAUUUGUUAGAGCAGCCCGGGGAUAUAAUCGACUAUGCGGUCGAGUUCUUCACGCGACUCAGGGACAAUCGACGAACGCAGUUGAUUCAGCCCGAUGCGCACACUUGUGCUUCGACACCGGACGAGUCUGUUGAUGAAGAACCACCGGUCGGCAGGUUUGCGACCAGAAGGAAGAGCGUUUUCGCUGAAACUUACAAUCCAGAAGAAGAUGAGGAAGAAGACGGCGUUAAGAUGGUGCAUCCGAAGAGUGAUGGCCAAAGACAAAGGUUAAGCGAAAGCGUCAAGAACAUUCUUUUGUUUCGUGCUUUAGACGAAGAACAAAUGGCUGACGUACUCGACGCAAUGUUCGAGAAAACCGUUCAACCAGGAGAAUUUAUCAUUAGACAGGGUGACGAUGGUGACAAUUUUUAUGUCAUCGAAAGAGGGAAAUUCGAAGUAUACGUUAAAGAUCCUAAUGGAGUAGAAACUAAUAUUCACACUUACGAUAAUCGUGGUGCUUUUGGAGAAUUAGCACUUCUAUAUAACAUGCCUAGAGCGGCUAGUGUUAAAGCUAUUACUCCAGGUACUCUUUGGGCUAUGGAUAGGCAAACUUUCCGUCGAAUUCUUUUGAAAUCUGCUUAUAAGAAGCGCAAGAUGUACGAGGAUUUGAUUAAUAAAGUUCCCAUGCUUAAAUCGCUCGAGCCUUACGAGCGCAUGAACCUCGCUGAUGCUCUUGUACCAAAACAGUAUUUAGAUGGCGAGCAGAUUAUUAAACAAGGAGAUACGGCUGAUGGAAUGUAUUUUGUUGAAGAUGGCAUUGUCAGAAUUACUAUAUUGGGUGAACAUAAUCGCGAAAUAGAGAUUAAUCGAGUUCCAGCUGGAGGAUAUUUAGGUGAAUUAGCAUUGGUGACGCACAAACCUCGCGCAGCUUCGGCCUAUGCCGUAGGAGAUGUAAAAUUGGCCUUUUUGGAUGUUGAAGCAUUCGAACGUUUAUUGGGCCCUUGUAUGGAAUUGAUGAAGCGUAAUAUAGAUGAUUACGAGGAUCAACUGGUCAAAAUUUUUGGCAGCAAAACCAACAUUUCCGACAUUCGAUGAACUAUUUCGAUUUAGUAGAUGUCGCGCUGCUGUAUCGAAAGCAUACUUUCGUACAGUAAUGUAUAACAGAGCACAAAAUUAUGCCACCACCUAUUUCUGAAUCUCAUCCGCGUAUUUCAAGUAUCGUCUCGAGUCGACUUUCGUAUGACUGUCCAAUGUCAGCUGGUAAGAUUCGCCAUUAAUAAUUAUCAAGUUUAUACCUGUGACACACUAAACAAAUUUACAAGAUGCUCGGUUCUUCGUACAUACAUCACGGUAUUAUAAUAACUUUCUAAGACUGUAUUAGAUCAAAAAAGUAUUAAAAAUUUCGCCGUGCACUCACUCGCAUGGGAGAUUGAGAUCUGUUUAUGAGAGAGAUGAAAAUCAGUAAUGUGUAUAAUUGACAUAUGUAUAACGUUUCUCAUUAGAGCGUUGCUCGCAAGUUAUAAGAAAUACUCGGAAUCGUAAUACGUGAAAAAUAGUAUUGUUUCUCUCUUUAAUUUAUACUAGAACGAUUUGAGUUGUUUAAACAAAAUACACUUUAUCAGAAUGCUCGUUAUGCCUUUGCAUACUUUUGCAGACACGUAUUUCUUAUUUGAAAUAUAUGCUCUUAUGAAAGUUGCUUACUCACGCUCGUAAGUAGCAUUAUAAAUCUUCAGAGCAUUAGAAUUUUAUCGUACUCUGUUCGAUGUUAGAUAUUGACCAAAGUAUACCGGCGUAAAAGAUAAACACGCCGAUGGCAUCUUUCUAAUCGUUUUGAUUUUAUACAUAUUGUAUAUCAAAAAUCUGAUAUACUAUGCAAGACAGCUUUCACUAUAUUACGUACCUACCCAUUAUGAUUUUUAUUCAUUGAAAGUACGAAAAGAAAAUAAGUAAAGGAGAUUGAAUAUGCAUUAAGGAUAUGCAUGAAAAUGUACAAAUAACUAUUGACACGGCGUGCGGAAAAAUCAGACCGUGUCUUUAAUGCCACGUUUAUUAAAUACAAAUGAAUUUAGUAGAAGAAGGGAAGAUAACAAGAAAUGGCGUUUGUUCAGUCGCGAGUACAAUUUUAUUUCGAUUAUCGUUAAUCAUAUUUUUCGAGAAUCGUAAUCCUUUUUAUUAUUAUUUUAAAAUUAUAACACAGUAGGAAAAGAGAAGCGAUUGUGUAUAUUAAAAAUAAUAGAGAGUACCAUUCUUGUUUCUUCCAUCGAAUAGUAGAUUUGAUAGUGCAAAGUCAAAGCAUUGUUCAUUGUAUAUUUAUUAUGUUGAAGAAAGUGAAGUGUUAUUGUUAUAAUUACUCUAUUAUCGAAUGUUACAGAUGCACUUUGCAGGAAUAUCUUGUCUCGCUGCUUUUGUAUCGAAUUCUAAGUCAUAUUUAAUGCAAAUCAAAUAUAUUUCAAAGCAGUUUCUAUGUUCCUAAUUUUAUAACGCGAUCGUUUUUAAUUUUUGUUAACAACCAACAAAGUAUCGAAGAAAAUAUAGCAGCGCACAAUUCUAUGCACACUUAUCAUAGAGAGCAUAUGCCGAUAAACAAUCGGUUAAAUGAUAGAACAUGCGAUCGAUAAUAUUUAUCGCACUAUUCUCACAUAGAAAUUCUUUCUACAUACAGAUAGUAAAAUGUCUACUUUAUUGAUCGAUAAAUGGGUUGUAUAAACAUGGAUUUACAAAAAAAAAUAUAUAUAUAUAUUAAAGCGGUAUAGAGAUAUUACGAUGAUAUCGUAAAUUAAUUUUCAUUUUUCUCCGUUGGUAUGAAAUUUAUCGUUUGUUUAAUUCUUUAUCGAGUUAUUAUUCUUUUUGAAAAAGAAUAAAUACGAUAUUUAGGAAGUGAACACUGAUUUGAACAAGUGGACAUUUUUAAAUUUCAAGUCUUAAAAAAAAUCAUGAAAUUGAUGAGUUUAAAAAUUAUAAAAAAUACAUUCAUUAAAUCUAUCGAUACCAACGGAAGAUUAGUUUUAUUUUUAUUCAAUAUUAUAGGGCAUAUUGAAAAUUAAACAAAAUGAGAAAACGUCAAAGAGAUACGUUCAUCAUAAUCAAGGCCAUUAAAUCAUUAAGUGGGAGUCGAUGUAUCGGUCAAAUUUCAUUUUAUAAAAUUGUGUGUUUUAAUCUGGCGAUAUAUAUAUCUAUAUAUUUCGUCUUUACGUAAUUUGACGAGGAAUUAAGAAAACAAAAAUUUUUCAAAAUAUUUUUAUCACAGUCGAAAUAUAUUAUACAACUUUAUAUCUGGCAUUCUUAUAUAAAGAAGAAAUGAAUUUAAACGCCCUCCGAAUUAAUAUAUUAGUCGUUUGACACAAUCAGAUUGCAAUUUUUGCGACCACCAUAAUAUCUGUGGAAAAUGAUUUUUAUUAUCAUUAAUUGUACGAUCAUUACACGACUGAAAUAGAAUUAUGCCAUUAGUUUUUUUAAAUAAUAUCAUUAUCAUAAAUCAAGAAAAGGAGAUAAAAGUAAAAAUAAAAUAGAUCCGUAUAAUCUAUUUUAGAACGAACAUUACGUCGUAUUUUUACAAAACCACUUUCGGUACAUAGAUACACUUGUUCACGUUCUAUGUCGACAGAUAAAAUGUUCGUAUUAUUCAUAUAUAUUAUAAUGUAUGUUCCCUGCAAAUGCCUUUUUUAUGUUUGUGAUAUUUCAAUAUUCAGUGUAUUCCAUUCUCUGUUUUCGUUUAUUCUCAAUAAUCCUUUGUAGUCUUCCGUUAUAUAUUUUAAACUGUGAUAUUAUUUUUGAUGAAAUACGUAAUUUGUUUCUUAUAACUUCGUUUAUUCGUAAAAUGUACGAAUUCAGAUAAAACAAUUCGAUAUGAAAGGUUCUUUCCACGGCCGAAAGAUCUAAUAAUGAUCUAGAAAAAAAAAAACAUAACAACUCCUUUACUAUUGAAUAGAAUAAUAACAAAAGCAAAAAUGAUAAGAAAAAAGUCGAUAAUAGAAAGAUGUUAAUUAAAAGAAAAAAGAUAAAAAAAAAAACAUAAUUUAUGCACCGAGUAUCAUGAGUGUAGCUAUCUUCCAUAUUUGUGUCAGAUUAUAUUCGAUAAAUUAAGUGUCAAUGCUUCAUAGAGCUAAUCAAAGCCGAAUUUUAGAAUGUUACGUGUAUCUAAAUAAUGUCAUUUGUCCUAUAUGUUGCGUGUUGCCCUCUGUAUAUAAAUGUACGACGAUCGAUUUGUAAUACCUUAAUUUUUAUGCACAAUCCAUCGUUUGUUCCCGCUUUGCUUGCAGUGCAUAUAUUUAACAUCUUCAUUCUCUAAUAACACGCGUGUGAUCUUUGUCGAUCUUUAAAAUCUCCUCUUUGUUAUCGGCGUAAUAUUAUUCAAUAUAAAUCUCAUCGGUAUUAUUUCAACUAUUCCACUCUAUUUCGAGCUAUUAGGAUCGUCAUUUUCUCUAUUUCGCUGGUCUACUUGAAAGAAUCAUAUAUACUAAUAACGACCAUGCGCAUCCUUCGCAACAAUAAAUAAUUGAGAUUUUGUCGUAAUUUCACCCAGAAAAAAAAAAUGAAAAAAGUAUGGAACGAUAGUAAAAAGAGAAAAAAAGAAAAAAGAACAAGAAAAAAAAACCGAAAAAGAAAAAACCGAUUACGGGUUUACUUUUCAUACGAAAAAUUUUUUUUUUUUAUUUUUACUAUGACGUUUAAUGCAUUUAACGAAUUGUGUUUUUCUUUUUUUUUUUUUUUUUUCUUUUUUUUUACAUUGAAUCAAUAUCUAUGGAAGAAAAUGAUCGAAUUUACGACUAUUUUUGUCUGUCGUAUUCAUGUACUUUCUAUCGCGAAUAAAAUAAUUGACGCUAUUGUGUGUACAUACGUGCGUGCGUGCGUCGCGUUAUAAAAUUAUAUAGAUGUACCAAAAAAAAAUUAUACACAUACCUUAUAUAUGUACAUAAAGGAUGCGCGCUCGUUCGUACGCACGCAAUUCUUAAAAGAAUGGUAAUUGUAUCUAUGUACUAACCGGAUAUAUCAUUUUCCCUCUUUCAAAUAUACAAAAUUCGCGAAUAAACUCGUAACUAUCGAUUUACGAGAAUUUCGAUUACGAUCUAAAGUAAUUUUUAAACUUCCUGACAAUCUUUCUAUGUGUAUCAUACUAAAGAUUCUAAAUGACGAUCGAUCAAAAUUCAUUUAUUCUACUUGAACGGUAAUCAUUCUAAUUUUGUUUUUUUUUUUUUCUCGAAGGAGAGGGAGAAGAGUAUCUUCUUUUCUUUUUUUUCUCUUGUGUUUUUUUAUUAAUCUCACUCUUGUACCAUACCAAAGUUAUAAUUAAACGCGAAAAAGAGUGUGUUAAGAUACAAUAAACGUUUAAAGGACUUGGACAAACCAAAUAAAUAAAUAUAUAUAUAUAUAUACAUAUACAUAUAUAUACAAUAUGAAUAAAAUUAUAGUCGUAAGGAAUAUCAUCGUGAGCAACGCAUCUAAAGAGGGUAACACGUAUAUAAUACCGAUACGAUAUAUCGAGGAAUGGUUACCUUGUGUUCUAUUUAUGACGCAACGAUGCUGUAAAAGUUGCGCUGUAUGAAUUAUGAAACAAUGAAGAAAAGUAAAAAGAGGAAGAAAGAAAAUAAAAAGAUAAGAUGAGAGAGAAAAUUGCAGUUAAAAAAAAAGAAAAAAAAGAAAAAUCGCAUAGUUGUUAUUCGAUGUGCAAAAUGGAUAUAUUUAUCCGAUGUUUAUCCCACUGAGGAAAAUAAAUUUCCUCGGAAAAUGCUGACUCACGAAGAGAAAUGUAUAUGAAAGUGAGCUCUUUGUGUUCCCUUUUCUCCUUUCCAAGAAAAAAAAAAAAGAAAAAGAAAGAAAUAAAAAGAAAAUAAGAAAAAUCAUCGUGAUGCGAUUGUGUGGGAAGAUCGAGCGUAGAAAAGAGCUGAUCGAGAGUUAGCGCGUAACAGGGUAUCGGAUAUUAAAAGAUAAUAAAAGAAAAAAAUGUAAAAAUUCAUACCGAAUCCGGCCGAAGUGAAAGAAAACGACAAAAAAAAAAAAAGAAGGAAAAGAAAACUAAUUUUGUUUAACUCGCUAGUAAAGCGUUGAACAUUUUCAACUUCUGUCCCAUUUCUCAAAAAUUGAUUUUAUCGAUUAUUCCUAAUGAACUAUCGAUCAAGAGAAAGGAUUAACAUCGUUUCUUUCUUUUCUAUUAUAUCAUUUACUCGAUCUUGCGACUGGGAAGACGCAUCUGCACGUCCGAAGCGAACCAUACAUAUACAUAUAUAUGUAAUAUAUACAUAUAUGUGUGUGUACGCGCGUUUGAUGUGUGUUAGUGUGUAUGUGCGUGCGUGUGCAUGAAUGUACGUACGAGUGCAUGUGCAUGGGUAUAUGCGUGUGCAUGAUGUAUGUACGAAUGCAUAUGAUAAUCACAUAAUAUAGAUGUGAUAUAAUAUCGCUUUAGAGUGACGUUCGUCAGAUCUAUGGUUGAAAACCAAAUAGAUUUUGUAUUAUACGGCACUGCGUAAGGAUAUUUCGAAAAUCAUUGACUGUAAUAUAAAUUAAAAAGUAAAAAAAAAAAAAAAAAAGAAAAAAGAAAAGGAAAGAAAAAACAAGAAUGUACGUACUUAACGUCCCGUUUUAAUUUCGCGAUGUGUUGUAGCAUGUACAAGCACUUAGGUGAUAUAUACACACACACACAUAUAUAUAUACAUACAUAUAUAUAUAUAUAUAUUUUAGAGAUGUCGAAUAUAUAUGUCAAAACUCGUUUCCAGCUGGUCUGAUCGGGUAUUAUUCUAAUAUAAUUACGAUGCGUUUAUAACUGGCAGAGAUGCGAGUAGCAAAUUAAUCUUUGUAAGAAUAACAAAAAAAAAGCGCAUGCAAUCCGAAGAUUUGACGUAUGAUGAGUAUAAUUAAAAUACAUUUAUGAACGUUUGUCUAUGCUGUUUUUGCGAAAAUUUGAGUAUGAAACGAGGAGUCCGAGAUUUCUGUACCCACCCUCAUUCGAUGAAUAAAAAUCUUCCAUGAUACGAAGAACGUCAAAGUUAA